AUGCGUCGCUGGCGGCUACAGGUGGAACCCUUACUUCACACAACUAGCGGACCCGUUAAAUGCAUUGCUGAAUUGUGGCUUAUUGACGAGUUUGUGUUAUUUUUUAAAGAUUUACGCUUAAUGUGGUCAUCUGGUUCAUAUGAAUUAAUGUCUGAGACUUUCUCUACUAGUCAAGCUUACAACAGCAACUCGGCGUGUCCUUGGUGCGGGGCUGACAACCCUCUGCGGUGUGAUGUCGGAGAUUUGACAGCCAGACUUGGCACUUUUAGUGUCGGCGCUGAGCGUCAGAUGUUCAUAGACAGUAAUUUCCCUCUGGAGGGGAAGGUUAGUGCCUUCGGACGGUCCAUCGUCAUCUUCGGACCAGACAGGAGUUCCGAGAGGUUCGCUUGUGCCAACAUAGAGCCUGACAAGGACAUUAUUAAGUACGUUAAUAUUAUGAAGCCUCCGAGGUUUGUGAUCGGUAUGUUCCUGGAGGACAUACGUCGCGUGAUGGGCGUGCCCGAAUGGAUGCUGAGCGUGGACGCGCGUCGCACGCGCACGCUCCACGGGGUACAUGCGUGCAGUUGCUGCUGCACUUCACUGGGCUACAGGCCAACAGGCUCGAGCUGGACUUCACCAGGUAGACCACAACGCUGCAUAUAA